CCUGGUUAUGGCAGGGCUGGGGGUGGCCCGCGCUGCCAGACACCUGGUGCACAACACUUCUUAGGAAACACGCGGUCUGGAGUGGACACAGAGUCCCAGGACACAAAGGGGCUGAAGCCCUGCCUCUGCUCUCAGCACAGCAAGGCACUGAUGAGAAGCUGGGCACCAAGCCUGGUGUCUGGAGGAACUGCAGGACUGGGCUUUGGGUCUAUUUGGUAGAUUCAGCUGUAUCUUUGGGGCUUGCAACCAGAAACCACCGUGAAGAUGUGGCUGUACCUGGCAGCCCUGCUGGCGCUGUACUUCCUGCGCCGAUGGCACCGGGAGCGGCAGAUGGUCGGGAACCUCCCGGACAAACACGUCUUCAUCACGGGCUGCGACUCCGGCUUCGGGCACCUGCUGGCCAAGCAGCUGGACGGGCGGGGGCUGCGGGUGCUGGCGGCGUGUCUGACGGAGCAGGGGGCCGAGCGGCUGCAGCAGGCGACGUCGGGGAGGCUGCAGACGGUGAUCCUGGAUGUCACCUGCUCCGACAGCAUCGCCGCAGCCACCGCCUGGGUGAAGGAGCAGGUGGGAGACCGAGGGCUCUGGGGCUUGGUGAACAACGCUGGGAUCUCCAUCCCCGUGGCCCCCAACGAGUGGCUGAGCAAGGCUGACUUUGUCAAGAUACUGGAUGUGAACCUGGUGGGGCUGAUCGAGGUGACGCUGAGCCUGCUGCCCCUGGUGCGGGGAGCCCGGGGCCGUGUCGUCAAUGUGUCCAGCGUGAUGGGCCGGCUGUCUUUCUUUGGAGGGGGCUACUGCCCUUCCAAGUAUGGCGUGGAGGCCUUCUCCGACAGCCUGCGUCGCGAGAUGCUGCCUUUUGGGGUGAAGGUCUGCAUGAUUGAGCCAGGCUACUUCCGCACGGCUAUCACCGAGGCCGGCAUCCUGACGGAGAACUUCAAGCGCCUCUGGGAGCUGCUCCCGCAGGAGACCAAGGCAGCCUACGGGGAGCAGUACUUAGAGUCGUUUAUCAAGGCAACCUAUGACAUGCAGAAGUCCUGCAGCCCCAACCUGUCACUGGUCACCGAUGCCAUGGAGCACGCGCUGAUGGCCCAGCACCCCCGCACCCGCUACUCCUGCGGCUGGGAUGCCAAGCUCUUCUACCUCCCACUCAGCUACCUGCCCACAACGUUUACGGAUCUGGUGCUAACGUGGUCAUAUCCGAAGCCAGCCCAAAAAGCAUAGGGAGAGACAUGCGACUGGAAUCCAGUGGGUGGAGGGCGCUGGAUGAGCCAUCAGCCUGGGGAAGGCCAGGGUGCAGCCUGGUGUGGGGUCGGGCCUGCUUCGCAGCCUCUGCAGGUGCUGUCAAUUGAACAAGUUGAAUCAAAGCAUCGUCUCCGCAGCUCCUUCUGGUCGCACGGGAGUUUGUUUCCUGCCUGCGCCCAGGGACCGAGUCUCCUCACCCCGCAACCAAACUGCCUCCCACCUUGAACCUACGCCUAUCUAGCUGGGUCCCAGCCGCAUUCGCAGCUCUGGGCAUCCUUCUGGUCCUCAUUGUCACGACCACCCUCUGGGUGCCCUCUGGGCCGCCUGCCAUCAGCUCAGCCACCUUAGUUGUAACAGCUGACAUUGGACUAAGCAAGCUGCCAGGUCCAGACACUAGAAAUAACUAAUUAGGGAAAACCCUGGGUUAAUCUUUGUGCACUGGAUGCUACGGACACCAGAACAGGGCAGGGCCUGUCCAAAAAAGCAAGAUGCAACAGGCAGUGGGUAGGCAGGAAGGAGUUUCAAACCAAAGGGACCAGGUCCAGCUCUGAGCCAGUGGGUCACGGUGUCACAAUACAGGAGAGAGGGCACAUGUUACACCUCAGCAAGGGUCAAUCUGUCAAGCCCCGUGGUUGCCAGGUGGCAAUGUCACCCUGUCAGGGUCUGAUUACAGACAAUGCAAUGUAACGCAACUGCCCUGCGAUGACUGGACAGUGCUUCUCUGGAGCCAGUGACAAGUGGACUACUCCUUGGCUUGACACCUUCAAUUGAACGGGAACCCCAAAGGGGAGAAGGAUUUUGGUACAGGGGAAAGCAACCUCCCGUCUGUAAAGGGUAAAAUUCCUUCCUGACCCCAAAUGUGGCCCUGAACAAAGGGGCAAGACCCUCUAGCCAGCACCUUCAAAUUUCAAGUCCCAGCAAGAGCAAUAGCACAGCCCAGUUGCCAUCCCCGGCCUGGACUGCAGCCAAUACCCAUUGCUAAAAACCCCCCAUGAGACAGGCAACAAAAAGUGGGGAUGGGAGCCGCCAGCAGAGCCCAGAAGCUUGGUGAAUCCCAAAAGCAGAGCAGAGGCAUCGCUACACCUAGACCAUCCCUGCCCAGCAGCUGUCCAGCCGCUCCUUGAACACCUCCAGCAACGGAGAGUCCCUGCUUCCCUGGACGGCUCUCUCACUGCCUCUGUUCUAGCAGUGAAGAAGUUUGUCCUGAGAUCCAACUCACACCUACGUUGCUGCAACUUCAAGCCAUUAGUUCUUUAAUCUGAGCUUUUAAUAAAUGAAGUUAUUUCUCUAA